AUCUAUUCCUGCUCAAGUACAGAACGACGCGGGCCAGCAGCUGUUGGAGUGUAAAGCUGCAUAUUAGCAGUGGGAGAAGCGGUGAAUCUAAACGGAAAAUAAGUAAAGUGCAGCACCCUCCUCCCAGCGGAAUGAAUCAAGGUGAAGACAUGCGUGCGCCGUAGGCCGUAAAGGGUCAACGGACAUCGGGGACAGGCGACGAUCGAGGCGAUAAGGAAAUAACAAACUUUGCUGCAGUCCUUUCAGAUGUCAACAUGGAUAAAAAAACAGAAAACAAUGUUCUUAAGAAGAAAAUUAAGGAACAGCACCUUGGGAUCACGGCAGGUGGUGAUUCUAGAUCAAUGGUAUCAUUGCCCUUGGAUUGUGAAAGCCUUUGCACGAGUGGUGUGCAGCUAACAUCACACCCAGAAACAUAUAACAACAGCAGGAGCUUUUGGGGAGACACCCCUAUCAUCACAGUCACAGAAGAUUCCGCUUUUUCUGAUCCUAUAGAACAGAAGAAACUGUCCCUAGAGGGAGAGCAGGUCAGCCUCUGCCAGAUUAAGGUUGAAAUGAAGGCGACCAAAGACAAAGAGAUGGAGCCAGAGUUUACACUUAAGGUUCACCAUGAACAUGAAGAUGAAGUUAUGGGGACCAUAAGGUCUUCCGGUGAUACACUAGACCCUUUGGAAAAGGAGUGGAUUUAUUCUGCAGCCUGUGGAAGGCUUCCAGUGUUAUGUCACCUUUUAGAGCAGGAGCCAAGUCUGGUACACAAAAAGGAUUUCACCUCUGUAAGUAUCUUAAUUUUCAUUAACGUACAUUUUGCUUAUCUUUUGUAUUACUUUAUCCAGUGUUUAUGUUCUUCACUAUGUUCUUAUUUAUGUUCACUAUGUUCUUAUUUAUGUAUUACAGGACUACAUUGGGCAGCUAAGCAUGGAAAAGAGGACAUGGCCAUUCUGCUGGCCAGUGCUGGAGUGGAUGUCAACACCAGGGCUAAACUGUCUUCUAAAUUUGUCUUUGUAUUAUCUUGCCAGGGCUAUACGGCACUGCAUAUUGCAGCUCUGCAUGGUCAUUCUCAUAUCAUGAGGCUUCUUAUUGAUGUCUAUGGGGCUAAAGAAAAUCUACGGGAUUAUAGUGGCCGUUUGCCUCACCAUUACCUUAAAAUGCAUGAAUUUCAGGGUGAUGCAGAAUUCACAGUCUCUCGUGCUAUUGAGCGCAAAAACAAAAAGUUGCCCAUGCUGUUCUUGCACAGGAGCGGUGGGACCUCGAAAAAGAAGUGGGGUUCUGCAGAAGAUCUGUCUAGUACAGAUGAAAGGGCUGGAACAUCUCAGACAUUGCUGUUGCCUCCUUUUAGGCCCAGAAAAUUCUCCAGAUAGCAGAAAUCUUCAAAGCAAAACUGUUUUUCACCAAGACCAUUUUUAUAAUAGUUAUUGUUAUACCAAAGCUACAUUUUUUAAGUGCAAAUUCCAUUUUAACAUUUAAGGUUUGCUAAUAUACAAUUUUAUUUAUAAAUUACCUUUAUAUAUGUCAGUGUUUGUAUGUUAAACCAAAUAUUCCUACAUUUAUAAUAUUUAUUUUAUAUAAUCAUUACCGAUUUUA